AAAAUUAAAUUAGAGCUUAGGAAUUGUAGAUUUGGUCAAACUUGUUCCUCUGUGGGCCAAAUUCCAUUAAUUUAUCAAACAUUUUCAGAGCCUGUGCGUCACAUAUUUUUUUUUUUUUUUAAUAAUUCUGUAGCUUGGUCAAACAUCUGACAAGAUGGAAAAAAAUUCUCCAUGUGUCAUAAAUACGGUUUGAUUUUUUCUAACUAAUAAUGCUAUUGAUGUACUUUGCCUUAUUUCUACACACUGAAAAUCUUUCCAUAACAUCUCACUCAACGCCCAAGUCUCUCAACCCUUUGCCCUCCACCCAAAAGUGACAAUGUCAAUAUAACUGUCAGUCAAUGCAAACGACUUUUGACCAAAUCACUCUUUUCACCCGUAAAAGCUUUUCUUUAAAUCCUCAAAUAUGAAUGGAUCAUCAGAAAACACCAAGAGAAAGAAGCUAAAGAGAAAAAUGGAGGAGGUCGAUCAGAAGAGGAUGAGUGCUAGUGAUUCAAAUAACAUGAUUUAUAAGGAUCAAGAUGCCAAUAUGCUUCCUGGGUAUCGCUUUCACCCUACUGAUGAAGAGCUGGUGAGGUUUUACCUUCGGAGGAAGGUGGAGAACAAACCUAUUCGUCUUGACCUAAUCAAGCAUGUCGAUAUUUACAAAUAUGACCCUUGGGAUCUUCCAAAAGAGAGUGGGGACAAGGAGUGGUACUUCUUUUGCAGAAGGGGAAGGAAAUACAGAAAUAGCAUAAGACCUAAUAGGGUUACAAAAUCUGGGUUUUGGAAAGCUACUGGCAUUGACAAGCCUGUAUAUUCGGUUGGAGACUUUCACAAUUGUAUUGGCUUGAAGAAAUCCUUAGUCUACUACAGAGGAAGUGCUGGAAAAGGUACCAAAACUGAUUGGAUGAUGCACGAGUUUCGUCUUCCAGCUAGUUCAAACAAUGAUACUUCUAUCAAGAACAGUACUCAAGAAGCUGAAGUUUGGACACUUUGCCGGAUUUUGAAGCGAGAUCAUACUUCGUGUGGAAAGUAUACAUCAAAUAAUUGGCGUAUGACAACCUUGAAUCCCAAGCAAAGUGUGACUUCUAAAACAUGCAGUUCUGAGUCAGAUGCAACUUUUGGUGCUUUGGCUGCUAACGAUCAAUCUGAGAGGAGUCCUCUAUUCAAUAAUGUUCACACGUAUGAAGGGAACCAAUUCUCCCUAGGCUGGCUGAGCUUAAAUGACGACGUAAACAAUCCAAACUCGUGCAUGAGCUUUCCGAAUACUCCGAAUGAAGAGAUGUUAACAUCGAAUGGAAACUGGGAUGAGCUCAGACCAAUGGUUGACUGUGUUCUUAAUCCGUCACUGCUAUACAGUUAUAUGUAGCUUGGUUGACUGUGUUCUUAAUCCAUCACUGCUAUACAGUUAUAUGUAGCUAGCGGAAAUUAAGUUCUCUAACCUUUGUCAUGGUUAGGGGGAUUACACACCCACAUAGCAUGCGGGACUCUUUUUUACUCUUGGAUGUUGAUGAUUAUCUCUACAUGAAUAACAUAUUAUGAACGGUGUUAUCCACA